AUGCACGCUUGGGCCUCGCCAAUGCCCCUCUUCUCGCUUUCCACCCAAACGCGUUCCUCCAGUCACCGUCGCAGCGUCCCCUCACAUGGCGUCUUAUUCUCAUUCUCGCUCUCAAUCCCUUGCCCCCCCGCCGCGACAAGCGACGCAGAGCUCAAACGUAUUUAUGCUAUCCCUCCCCACGACACGCGUUUACCUCGUAGCCCGCUCGUCGCCGCCAUGCACGGCCGCCAUCUUCACGGCGGGCCGUCCGCCCUUCGCCUCGCCGCCGCCGUCGCGCUCGUCGUGGUGCUGUUGGGCUGUGCGAGCGGCGCAGCUGGCGGCGCGGAGACGAUCACGUUCGUGAAGUGGAAGUACGGCACGGCCGCGGACAUCGAAACCACCCUCUUCGACCGCGCUCUGUGCGGGCGUCGCGUGAGGAGCACGUGGGAUGCGACCACGAUGGGCGUGUCGUGGACCAACCAGGUCGGCGAGUCAGCGUCAACGCCGCCCAUGUGCCGCGCCGUGGCGCUCUACGCCAGCGACGCCUGCCAGGGCGCCCCCUACCGCAUCUUCAUCCGCCCGCCCUCCCCGCCCGGCCAACCCAGCACCUCCGCAUGGUGA